AACGACGCUCGUCAAUAAUUUGCUGCAUGCUGCAGGUAAUAUGGGACUUCUCCCAGAAUUGAACCAUGGGCGUGGUGCGGGCUCUGGCUUGCCACUUCCUGUUCUUCUUCUUGCCGGAAUAUCGACCUUAGUAGCAGUGACUGUCAGUGGAUUGUCGAUAUGGCUGCAGCUAAGAAACUAUAGGAAGCCCCUCCUGCAAAGGAUGGUCAUCCGAAUUAUGCUCAUGGUCCCAAUCUACGCCUUGUCAUCCCUGAUUUCCCUUUUCUCGCUGGACGCAGCAUUCUUCAUUGAUGUGAUACGAGAUGUAUACGAGGCUUUCGUCAUUUAUUGCUUCUUCGUUCUUCUGCUUGAUUAUUUGGGCGGCGAGCGUUCGCUUCUCAUUCAACUCCACGGACGACCACCUAUCCCAGCCAUAUUUCCUGUCAGUCUUUGGCGACACGAAGUAGAUGUUAGCGAUCCAUACACGUUUCUCUUCAUUAAACGAGGCAUUCUGCAGUAUGUGCAAGUCAAACCUGUGUUAGCAGUUGCCAGUCUCAUCAUGAAAGCAACCGGAACAUACCACGAGGGUGAUUUCCGGGCCCGGUCCGGGUACCUGUAUGUUUCAAUCGUGUACAACGUGUCCAUUUGCCUUGCAUUAUAUUGCCUUGCAGUCUUCUGGAUGUGUGUAAGCGAUGAUUUGAAGCCAUUUCGCCCUGUACCAAAAUUCCUUUGUGUUAAAGGAAUCCUUUUCUUUUCAUUCUGGCAAUCCAUUGCUGUAUCAACUCUCGUCGCGGCCGACGUCAUAUCCAAACUUGGACCAUACACGGACAGCGAACACAUCUCCCUCGGACUCACCGACACUUUAAUUUGCGUCGAGAUGCCAUUCUUCGCUAUCGCGCAUAUGUAUGCAUUUUCCUAUAGAGACUUUGUCAAAUCAUCACCUUCUGCCAAAGUUCACGUAGCACGGAUGCGUAUAGGGUAUGCCGUUCGGGAUGCAUUUGGCCUGAAGGACCUUGCUGAGGAUACCAAGGCAACUUUACGGGGAGAAGGCAUCAAUUAUCGUGCACAAGAGAGCGAAGGAUACGUGCCGGCCUUGCGCUAUUCCGCAGGCGGAAAGCGGAAAUACUGGCUCCCGGAGGUGACGGGUCUAGGUGAUGGAAAUGCCGAAGGUGACCGCAGGGGCUGGUUUGACGUCACUGCUCCACUGCUCACGGAACAUGAAGAGAACAUUGUUCACUCUGCGCCCGACAUGCAAUAUCAAGAACAACGGCAGACCAUACGAAUGCCCGGCGACGACGUGUACGUGGAAGACGACGAUGAAUAUGCACUGCAUUUCAAUGACGGCUUGGCCACCGCGGAUGAUUCACUCUAUGAGCACGCGAAAAAUUAUGUCUUCGGCGACUACGCGUACCCUGUUGUAGACGUCAGCUCUGAAGAAGCGCGUUAUGCGAUGUGGGCUGCGGAAGAGAGGAUUGUUAGAGAAGGAAUGCACGUCAACGUCCACGUUGGUACAAGCAGUAGCAGAGACUAUGGUGCAACGGGCACUCGGGCAGGUCAAACACGCAAGUACGAUGACGGUAAGGACGAAGUAUUCGCUUCGGAAGAACGUGUGAUAGGCACAGAAGUAAACGCACCGAGGAAGUUGAGGUGGUCAAAUGCCAGAAGUAAUGGAGCUCCAUCACCACCGAUCUCCGACUCGUUAAGCUCAUCUGCAAGUGGAUCGGGUUCAGGGAAUCAUCUGCGCUACUCAGGGUCUUCAUCUCGACAUAACUCACAGACAUCUCAUGCAUCACGCCCGAGACUGCUCUCUGGAAGCAAUGUAAACGUUCGCGCAUCGUCCCCAUACCUUCAUUCUUCGCCUUCACACUCGCGAUCGAACCUCGGUACUCCAUCACCCCGCUUACUUCCCUCUGGAUUACAUUCCCACCCACCUUCUCCUCAUCCUCCACUCGCGGAGCCAGACGCUGUAGACCUUGUUGUAUCCACCGAUACGCUCCCGGUGCCCUCAAGUUCGCAUGCUGCUCAUACUUCUCUGCGCGCCACAGGCUUGAAACGUGUCUGGGAUCAGAAAGGGCACACCCAUGUUGAAUCUUCGGUUGGGUUAGAAGAAGAAACUGACAGGUGGUCUAAUGACCGUCGCGUCGUCCCUGGUGAAGUCGACAAGGAGCCUGAUAUACGGAAGGAGGAACAUAAUGUUCUGGACGGACACGAGCCAGAGGAAGUAGUACGCUCUGAGACGCCGCCCCCAUAUGCUCGGGCUUGGACCUAUGGAACCAAGAAUCCAGAGGAGGACGAACAGAAUCCGUGGACGUGAAAUCAUGACCAAAGGACUCAGAUGCUCGACAUGCCGAGAUACCCCCUCAUAUACAUAACUUAUUCACGUUGUAUAACAUUCAUGUAGCUGUCUAUGGAUUUCUUUCAAAAGUCAGUUGCUGAUGCUUGGUUA